CCUCAAUCUGUACAUUUGAAUACAGGUAUCACACAGCGCAUCACGCUUAAGCUAAUCCCUUCUUCCCUUAUGAUUUCGUUUACCUAUUUUACAUAUCACAAAUCACAAAUCUCAUCAUAUAAUUAAGCUUAUUUACUUCUCGAUACCUACUAAUUUAUUGAACCGAUUUGUCACCUUCUUUUGAGAUCAUCGGCUUUUUAAAUCUGGUGUAAGUCGAGGUAUUACCUUCCGUGGGCAAUAAAGGCAAUAAAGUUAGAUGCUAGAAGUUUCAGCACUUAGCCACAGGGCGUUUACAAGGAGUGCCACAGCGGGAGUUAGUUACCCCUGCCCAACCAGGGACCCUGCCAAGCCGCGCUCGGCCGUGGAUCCAAGCUCCUCAUGGCCAAGGACAAUUACCUUGGUGAGACCAGCAUUAUCGCAUAGCUAUUGGGGUCAACGAGUUUCUCUUAUUAAAUGACACUAAUUAUGGAUAUGGUUUUUAUUCAGACUGUUCGCAAGGGAAAUUGCCGUCGAUGAGCGCGGAAUCGCCCGAAUCACAUAUAUUAGAUAAAGACCACCAUCACCACCACCACCGACAACACCAUCAACCACAGCGCCUACGAUCCCGAGCCCGAGAACCAUCGGUAUCUGCUAAGAAGAAAAAGAAGAAGAAGCUAACGCAUGCUACCGCCCAAAGUAAAAGCGAAAAUAAGCGCGAAGUCAAAAACGGCUGGUUUGCGAUUCGGGAUAUUAUUGACGAGAAGUUCGAGCGAGGGAAGACAUAUUACCUGGUCGAUUGGGAGGGCACCGACGAGACUGGGAACCCACACGUGCCAUCGUGGGAACCCAAACAAAACGUAACAUCCCUUGCGAUCAAUGAUUGGAUGGUUAGGAAAGCUAGAUCCAAGUACACCCAGGGGAAACUUGAUGUAGUUAUCGGAGACAUUGAACCCUCUAUGCAAGAGUUUAAUGCUCGCGAGAGCGGUUCCGUCUCAACAUCUAAUCGGCAUCACCAAGGUGCUAAGAAGCGCCCUUUGGAACAUUCAUCUUUGUAUGAGUCAGGGCUUAGCGAGGAACACGCGUCAAAACUACCUAAGCUAAAGCUUAAACUAACAGAAACCCCGUCGGCAUUCCCCAGGAGUGCGGGCCAUGACCUUGGGCAUUAUAAAGAGCUGGCAGAGCGACAGAGCGAGCUGGACCACGACAACUCGCAUAACCACCCAUCCGACGAUACCCAAGGUGAUCCAAAACCCUACAAAUCUCGCAUAGUGAUACGUCUGCCUCGCGACCCAACAUUUCCCGCGGAUCAAUACGUGCGCGUGCCACCCGAUUCGCAACAAACGGAUAGCCAGCAGUCUUCUCAGCUUACCGAUGCCCGUGCUGCACUAGUGCGCGAAACCGAGGUUGAGAGCCAAGAACAGAGGAUCGUGCCUGAUUCUCAGGAAAUAUAUAGCGCUUUAGUUUCUGAUGUGCAUAGUAGUAUCCCUGACCACUUAAAUUCGUUUGAGACAAGUCCGCUUCGGGAACGUGCUGUUGUCGCAUCUCAGCAAGAAGAAAGGCUUCAGCAUCCGGAAUCGUUCGGGCACUCAACAGAAAUUCCUUCGCGUCAGCCGGAUCGCCCUUUUGUUGGAAACCAGGGAAACGUGUCGACUUCGACCUUUCUGAUCGGGACCGUUGUAGGUUCGACUGCGCCCGACAAUUCGCAGAGCACCAUCGGUAAAGGAAAUCCUAGGUUUUUGACGCAAGAAGGUCUCAACGUGGACGUUGUUCCUCCAACGUCUCAGCCAACUAGUUUUGCGUCUACUCAGCCUCACGAGUUAGCUUGGGACGAGCACAUCUCUACGGCGAGUAUCAGCCAAGAUCAGAACCAGGCACCUGCGAUAAGUAAUAGCUCGCAGGCCGCUCAAGUCGUGCUGCCCCUCAGUAGCCAGCAAGGCGGGCUCGCGACAUACAGCGAGGCAGCCUUUACUGUUUACGACGAUUCAAUUGUACCUGAUACUGUACCUGAUACUGUACGAAGAAACGCGCAAGACAAACGCGACCCGCAAAAUUCAAGCCAAGCUUUAAGCGAAGUGGACGGUAAUACUAGGAAUACAUCGUUCUCGGAAGACCAGCAACCUGAAUUAGACAUCGAACCGAGCCGCGCAGAGCUUUCGCAAACCAUUCCCGAGAAACCCGCAGAUUUCGGAGCAGACGAAAUGCGUUUUGGACCACCUACGUUCGGAUCGGAGCCACCGGCCGCGCCUACGAAUAUGGAUACCGACCAGCCCGUCCGGUAUACGGCACGUGAGAGGCUGAGAUUAAUACGGGAGCAGAACUUUGAAGCCCUGAACGACAUGUUCCCGGAACGAAAAGUUGAAAUGGAAAUGGAGGCUCGUGCUAGAGCGGCUAGCGCCGACGUAGGUUCUUCAGCAGGUCCGCAGCCGGACAUUCAGGAAGCACCAAUUGCUCAAGCUCCUGCUUCCCGAGACAUUAGUCCCCUGACUCCAGUAAAUUUGACAUCUCAAUCUUUCCUGGUUCCGCCUCUAGAGACGGCUGCUGACAACACAUCUUCUGAUCAUCAAUUGCCGGUACCCGAGACUACCCAAACACCCGUCGAGCAAGAGAAGGAGGCAGAGCUGGGACUAGAGGAGAGUGGCCCUGUCGAAGUGGCUGUUGAAGUGGGGUAUGACGCCCACGAAGAAGAGCAGCCUGCAACCUUGGAUCCAUCAGCCUUGACGUUAUCUAUCGAACAUGAUAUGGAUGUCAGCCCAUCAAUGCCGGUACACGACGCUCUCCAUACCAGUCUACAGAUACCGGACCCGGACGAGUUUAUUAUACCGCACGAGGAAGAGGAGACGCCUCUUGGCUAUCCGAGAAGCCUUCUCCCCUACGUACCCACCGGACCUAACGAAUAUCUCGUUACGCUUCCGUUCUAUAACCCCUGCCGGCCUGUAUAUAACGACGUUCUUCGCGACAACGAGGAGCUUAUUCGCGAGUAUAACGCUGCAUUUCUUGUUUCCCCUCACCAAACACCGCAUCCUACAACAGUAUCGAAAAUUGACGAGAUGUUCUCUCGUCUUUUCGAUAUUUGCGACCUGCCACCGUUUAUAGAGACUACAACAACUAUGACACCUGCAGAGCUAACGAAACACGUCGUUAAUACCAAUGCGAAAUUCGCAUUUGUUGCCGAGUUGCUUGUUUACUUGGCCGAAGAGAAUUCGGAUAAAAAAGUUCUCAUCUUGUCCCGUCCCGGGAAGGUCAUGGAUUUUCUUGGUAACCUUAUAGAAACAAGAGGUUACCGUUAUAUCCGAUCCGGCUUAGAGAUCGUCGGACCCUCUAGCGCCGAGCAUAGUCUGACCGUCGCCAUCUCGUCGACUCUUGAUAACUCCUCGUCAAUACCCGAGGAUAUCGACGUAGUGAUAGCAUACGAUCAUACGUAUCGGCCUGAGCUGCUCCCACAAAGGGUCCGAGAGCGUUCUAUAUUGAUGGUUCUAACGAAUAUAUGUUCCAUUCAACACCUCAAUAUGCGUGUCUCGGAGAACCUAGAACCACUGGAGCGGAAAAACGUCCUUGUGCUCGCGCUGGUUAGAGCAAUGCGGUACAUAGAAGACGUUGACGACUCUCUAAUUGUUAAAUUUCACUUGGCAGCCGAGACUUUCUGCAAGUAUAUACAAGAUCCGGACGACGACGAUUUCUAUUGGGAACCUUAUGAGGUGCCGGAGGAUGUGUUCGAGGAUUUGCACGCUGCCAGCUCUCAAUCGCAAGUAUCACAGUCCGUUUUAGGGCCUUUCGGAACCGACCAACUUCCCGGUAGCCGGAAGAGGUCUCACGAGGGCGAAGAUGAUGAUAUUUCCUCUAAGCGCCCCAGAGUAUCACAACCUACAGUUGUAACUCACGUGAGUCACAUCAGCGACUCGCUGAAAGGUCUUAUCGGAGAUGACACGGUGGACGAAUCGCCGAAGGCGAUGCUGUCGGUUUCGGUGGGCAAGUUAGAGAAAUUAUCAGCUAAGGUCACAAGCCUCAAAGCCAAGCUGCGCGAGAGCCAGAUGCGAGAAAAGCAAUUCCGCCAGCUUAGCGAUCGAUCCAAGAAAGAGGUCGAUAACUAUGCUUCCACCGUCAGGUUGGUACAAGAGAAGUAUAUGAAUUCUCUAAAGGACCGUGGAACCUACGAAGACGAGUACUACAAGGCCAAGGAGGAAGCCCUAGCGGCCAGCGCAAGUCUCGAUUCUAAACGGAGAGAACUCGACGAUCUAAAAGAGAAAUUUGCAGAGCAGGAAAAGCGAUUAUCUGCAACGCACGAAUCUCUUCUUAAGUCUGCAAAUCCCGAGGUCGCCAAGAUGGCACGACUGGAGAAAGAGCUCGAAGAGUCUAAAAUCAAGGUGCAAAUCUUAGAAAAGAAGGCUGCAUUAGCUAACAACGAGUUGGAAUAUGCCAAGAAUGCCUACCAGGAUGCAUCUCAGAGAGCCGCGGAGCUCCAGACCGAGAACCGCGCGCUCGAGCAACGAGUCGAAGAGCUCCAUCGUAAGGCCGACGAUAACAUGGUUCAAAUAAACCAGAUUUAUGCGGAGAGCGAGAGCAAGGAACUUCUACGACUACUUAACGAGCAAAAGAGCAUCGUUCGCGACCGGGAUCUGGAGCUCAUCCGACUCCGGGACGAGCUGCGAAUGCUGAAGGAAAACCGAAGGGGUACGAGACAGAGUAGCGUUCCUCGAAGCCCGCGGCUGAGCGCCUUUGGCGUUAAUAGUCCUCGCAACGGCGGUCGCACUACUAAGGGUAGCUCUAGCAGUCGCGGUACUAGUCCUGCUCCGGCGACGGGAAUCUUCGAGGCGGGAGGCGGAAUUGGUACUCCGGUUCCAAAUAGUCGAGCUUUCCAUCUGCGAGAGUCCAGGUUCUGAUCGGGGUCAGAGGGUGUUUAAAGUCCAACGACUCGUCUUCAUAUAUCUCAAAGUGGCCUCAUCACGACCCCUCCUUGGGCAUUGGAACAACAGAAAGGAAUGAGGGACAUAUUUUAUCCUUACUCCCUUUUCUCUCACUUUUUCGAUUUUGCACCCGGUAAGCGGGAGGACAGCAAUGCAUUUGUAUUUAUUUGUACUAAAGAUUUUGUCGGGGCGGAGGGUCUUCAAAUUCCCCCUUUUCCGUUCGUUUCUGUCUCGGCGGAGCACACAUGGUCGAUUGAUUUAGUUAGAUAGAAGGACUCCCAAGCCUAGGAAUACUAGGAUCGCUGUUACUGCUGUUACUGCUGUUACUUGCUAUUAUUACUACUGCUGUUGUUUUGUAUGACGAUGAACGAUAGGGGACAGACGGGAGGCAGAUGGUGCAUAUUUGCAGAGUAUAGGUGAAUACAUGGUUUGCGUUGCGUUGCGAUGGCGAGAAAUCAUUCUUGGUCUUACGAUUUUUGUUCUUCGACGACAAUAUGAGAAGGAAAGAUUUAUUCCAA